AGUUGCUUCAGCUUUCUGAGCCUCUCAGUCAGUCUCCUCAUCUCUCUGUGGAAUGAAGUCGCUCCAUCAAUCAGCCCAGUCAUGGCUAAAGGGAGAAAGACACCAGCCAGCUCAGGUGCGAAGACAAUGAUGAAGCCUGUUUUCACCAAAGUCUCAGCACAGACUCAUCUAGACCAGAAGCUCUCUGUGUGCAGGAAACUGUGUUUUGCCAUCGGAGGGACACCUAAUCAAGUUGCUGGAAGUGCGACUGCUUUUUUCUUACAGAUAUUCCUGCUAGACGUCGCACAGAUAAACCCAUUUCAGGCCUCCCUGGUGCUGUUCAUUGGGAAAGCUUGGGGUGCGAUUACUGAUCCCGUUGUGGGAUUCUUCAUCACUAGAAGCAGAUGGACGAAAAUUGGCAGGCUCAUGCCAUGGAUGGUGGGAUGCACACCGUUUAUUGUCGUGUCCUACUUCUACUUGUGGUUUGUUCCUCCGUUCACUGAUCAGAGGUACAUCUGGUAUCUGGGCUUCUACUGUCUCUACCAAACUCUCAUCACAUUUUUCCAUGUGCCCUACUCAGCACUGACCAUGUUUCUGAGCGUGGACCAGCAGGAAAGAGACUCAGCUACGGCAUACCGGAUGACCAUGGAGGUUUUGGGGACGCUGAUUGGUGCAGCCAUCCAGGGCCAGAUUGUGGCAAGUGCUCAUACUCUGAAGCACUGCCGCCACAACAACAUGUCAGCUGGGCACUUGGGCAACGGCAGUGGGACGGAGGUCAUCCAAAGCCUGGCGCUGUCACAGGACUUCUUGUCACAUGCAAAAGAAGUGUACAUGAUUGCUGCAGGGGUGAUCGGUGCACUCUUCCUUGUCUGCACAGUCAUUAUGUUCUUGGGAGUGAAAGAGAGAGAUGAUCCCUAUGCACUGAAGACGGAGAAACCGAUGCCUUUCCAUAAGGGCUUUGUGCUGGUGAUGAGACAUGGGCCAUAUCUCUCCCUCACAGCAGCUUUCCUCUUCAUAUCUGUGGCCAUCCAGCUGAUCCAGAGUAACUUUGUGCUGUUCUGCACGUACGCUGUGGAUCUACGUGAUCACUUUCAAAAUAUAGUGCUAACAAUUCUGAUGUCUGCAGCCUUGAGCAUCCCUUUCUGGCAGUGGUUCCUGCAGAGGUUUGGCAAGAAGACAGCAGCAUUUUGUGGAAUCACGUGGAUUGUGCCCUUCACUGUGAUGCUGGCGUUCGUUCCAAACCUGAUGGUGGCAUAUGUGGUGGCCGUGUCUUCUGGACUGAGUGUAGCUGCCUCACUGCUUUUACCCUGGUCAAUGUUGCCAGACGUAGUCGAUGACUUCAGACUGGCAAACCGCAACUCAAAGGGCCACGAAGCGAUUUUCUACUCCUUCUACGUUUUCUUCACCAAGUUCGCGUCGGGGAUCUCACUGGGAGUGUCCACUCUGUGUUUAGAAUUUGCAGGCUAUGACACAGGAGCAUGCAGGCAGCCAAGCGCAGUAGUAUACACUCUGAAACUCCUGAUUGGCAUGGCGCCUGUGGCAUUUAUCAUCACAGGCCUCCUCAUCCUCCUGCUGUACCCCAUCAGUGAAGACGUGAGACAGAGAAACAAACUGGCUCUGGAGGACCUCAGGAACCAGACUAUAAAUUGCAGAGAAGACUUGAACAGCGUAUAGACCCUUUUCACAUUUUCACGGAUUCAAAUUCCAGCAUGGGAUGAGAUGUGUUAGUGUACAUUACACUGUGCUAAAUAUUAUAAAGUUGUCAUUUUAUUUUUGAAUUUUUAAAUGAUAUAAUAAUCUGCAUUAGAUAUAUAUACACAGUGUGCAUCUAAUUUAUAUGAAUGAAUGUAUGUUUCUUUCUGGUUUAUGGAAGUAAGCUAAAAUAGCCUGUGGUAAUAAUUUAAUUAUUUGAUUUUAGUUUCAUUAAAAGCAAUUUAAUGAUGCUGUUAUCAAGGUUUGCA